CAUCCCAAAUGGCAUCCUAUUCCCUUUAUUACUUACUUACUUAGCCUGCUCCUUUGGGAGCAUAGGCCAUCAAUGACUCCUCUCCAUCGCACUCUGUUCUAGUGUUGUAUGGUAAGCUGAAAUGUCUGUACUUUUUUAUACUAGAACAUGAGAAAUGGUUCAGUACUAGAAUUUGUAUUACUUUCGGUACUUCUGUCAAAUGUCUCAUGUCGUCUACUGAUUUGAAAGAGGAUCAAGUCUGUCUAUCAGUGCAGGUGAGGUCCCCUUAUAGCGCGAGAGCACCGUGCCUGCUCCGCUUACUCAUUGCUAGCUCUAGCCUGUCCUGAGGGACCACUGAACUCACUGAAGUCUGGGCUACAUCAUGUUAGCUCCCCACUCAUGCGGCACAGAAGUUAGCACACUUGAAUAAUGCAAAGCGGCAUUUAGAAAUGUUGCAACUGUUUUGCGAACAGUAUUUAACAAUGGCAUUACAGGUGAGAGCAAUUAACAAUACAAUAUUGAAGAUACCGGUAGCUUCCAGCUUUAUAGGCUAACUUCCCUUGCUAGCCUACAGCUCAAUUCACUACCCUAGUACUUAGUUUGUGAUAAUAUGCCAACCAUAAUGCAAAAUAUGCUGAUUUCAAAGCUGAUUGUCAACACAAACCAUAGCUACAGUCAUUGCCCAUAACUUUAUUCACUUCGUCUCCCUCGCCUGCUACGCUAGGUUACGUCUUUCCUGUCUCUCUCACUGUGUGUGAAUGAUGUCAUUAGGACUUAGAGUAACUUUUUAAUUAAAAAAAGAAUGAUCGAAAGCCAGAUGUUUUAGGCUUAGUUAUAGUGAAACACGUCAAUACUGGUCUUCAUAUAUUUUGGAAUUUUAGUAGUAAAUCAAGCUUAUUCUGCCCCUAGCUGUUCAACUCUACCAAGAAAAAUCGUGAUGUUGAGGCUUGUGCCUCUACGUCAUCUCAAGGGAGGGCUCUGUAUGAAAUACACUCCCUUCUAGAUGUGGGGGGUAUCACCUCAAGGCUUACUAUAAAGCAGGUGACAGCGCGCCUUAUUUGGUUAUGGUCUUGAUAAGUGGAGUGUGCCAAUAUAUUGUGCAUGAUGCUUCCUUGACUAGACUACUGACACCCAAAAUUCAAAAGGCAGUAGGCACUUUUCUACAUAUGACAAAAUUCAGCGUUCUUUCUUACCCUUUCAGACAUCCAUCGUAAUAAGAAAUAGAUGACAAUGGUAGUCAUCUCAAUUCCUUGUAUUUUUUCUCAACUACUAUGACUGAUUGGUGGCGCAGUCUGCUAGGACAGUUGGCUCAUAUUUCAAUAGUUGGGUUAGCUGACAACGUCACAAACUAUAUGCACGCUUCCAUGGGGCAGAAGUCAGCAUGUUGUUGUGAUUUCGGAUGGCCAGAUUGCUAGAAAGAAUGACAAGAAACUGCCAUGUGGGGAAUCGGCACUCAGGUGUUUCUGCAAAUAUGAAGAAAAAGAACUCCCACAAGAAACAAAAGAACAGCAUGGGCCCCAACAAGGCAGUGUCGUCAGCGCCGCGGCGGAACAUCGUGGGCUGUCGUAUCCAGCACAUCUGGAAGGAGGGGAGCGCUACAUCUCAGUCGCAGUGGAAAGGCACGGUGCUAGACCAGGUGCCUGUCAACCCCUCGCUCUACCUCAUCAAGUACGACGGCUUCGACUGUGUCUACGGCCUGGAGCUGCAUAACGAUGAGAGGGUACAGGGCCUCGAGGUGCUCCCUGACCGUCAAUCCUCUACGCGCAUCAGCGACGUCAACCUGGCUGACACGAUGAUAGGGAAGGCAGUGGAGCACAUGUUUGAGACGGAGGACGGAACUAAAGACGAGUGGAGGGGCAUGGUUCUGGCCCGGGCACCCAUCAUGAAUACCUGGUUCUUUAUCACCUACGAGAAAGACCCCGUCCUGUACAUGUACCAGCUCCUAGAUGACUACAAGGAGGGAGACCUGAGGAUCAUGCCUGACUCAAAUGACGCUACGCCUGCGGAGCGGGAGCCGGGGGAGGUGGUGGACAGUCUGGUGGGGAAACAGGUUGAGUACGCUAAAGAGGACGGCUCCAAACGAACUGGCAUGGUCAUCCACCAGGUGGAGGCCAAACCCUCCGUAUACUUCAUCAAGUUCGACGACGACUUCCACAUCUAUGUCUACGACCUGGUCAAGACCUCCUAAGGGCCACCUUUGACCCCUGACCCCUUUUCACACUACUGAGCCGAAUCGAGCAGUGCUGGUCUGUUUACGCGUCCAUCAACCAUUGUUGAAAAGAACUGUGUGGGGAAAAUAUUUCAUAGCGAGCCAGUAUAGCCUGGUUCGGGUCAGCACGGUAGUGUGAAAAGGCUACUGGGUCGCUGGGCCCAGAGGACAGGAGGCCUGUCUGGGGAAGUUAACGAUGGAUGCGGAGGUUGUGGGGAAACUCUAACAUGCAGGAAAGACGAUCAACCACCACAUCACCACAUGGAACCUUAUCUUAUCCACCAAUUUUCCCCAAAUAUCUCUUCAAUAUUUCAUGCAAAUACUUCUUUGAGAUGUUAGACGGACAGCUGGAUUGGAUAUUUCACUGAAGCCUUUGGAUUUCUACUCAUGAAACAUCUCUGAUUGCUCUAGUCAGAGAAGAAAAAGGGGGCACUGUGCAUCUGAAUUAGUGGCCACAAUUUGUUUCGUCAACUGUCUAUCCCCUGUAGUUGAGUGAUCCUAUGGAUACAUCCCAUCAAUCUCUAAGGGAAGGGACAGGGAAAAGAUAUCAAGCCUUAUAUUUGCACACUGUAUAUAAAGUUAGUUGGCAUCUCAUUUGAUUUUUUUCAGUGAUUUGAUGACCAAACCAGUCAUAGCAAUGUAUCUCCUAUAUAUGUGUGAGUGUAUGAGUUCUUGUGUUCCUUUUUUUUUUUGUACAUGCAGUUCUGGAGACCCCUAUCUUAUAGUGGUCAGUAACUACAGUACUCGGGUUUGUUUCAGUUUCGUAGAAUCAUUCAAACCCUGACUAUGAUUACAUUUGUUUAUUUCUAAUGUUGAAAGAUAUGCAACAACAUAUGCAGUGAGCAAAGAAAUGUGUGGAAGUUAUGAGAGGGAGGUGACCAGUGUUUUAAAAGGAUACUUUGGGAUUUUGGCAAUGAGGGCCUUCAUUUACUUCCCCAGAGUCAGAUGAAGUCGUGGAUACCAUUUGUAUCUGCAUGCAGUUUGAAGGAAGUUGCUAACUAGCGCUAAUGCAAUUGCUAACUAUCAAAGUAUCCCUUUGAUUCAAACGUUUUUUUCCCCCCAAGAACUUGUUUACUUUAUACUGUAUUUAAUGUAUAUUCAUAGAAAAUAAUAGUUUGAUACUGAUACAGAUUUAGUUCUCACAGCACUAAUUUCAAAAAAUCUUCUUAGAGGAUUUAAGAGCACUAGUUUGUUUUAGUUUUUUGGUCUGAAAGGACAAUUAUAUGUUGAUCAUCUCAACAACACUAUUCAAAAAUGGUUAACCAGUGAGAGUGUUAAUCUGUUGUCCUGAGAAAGAUUUAGUUUAAUAUGCCUUGCCAAAUCCCUCGACCCUUAUAAUUCAUUAUUCAUUCAUAAUAACAGUAAUAACUAUUCAGAUAAUAAUUGUUUAUUGUUGUUCCUGUAUUCAUAUGUUUACAACCGUUUGUUUUGUUUGGAAAAUCUAUUUUCGUUACUUUUUUACUUGUCAUACGUUACUUAGAAUCAUCACAUUCUUCUUGACCUCUGUGUUAAACACACUUUCUGUUUAAUUGUCAUAGUAACAUUUUAGUCAACUGUUUUCUCAUGCCUUUUAAAAACUGAAGACGGUAUGGUAAAAGCACUGCAAAGUAAGACAAUAUUUAGAAGUGAAAAUUCCAUACCAGCUCCUCAAAAGUGUUCUAAAUUCAGCAGUACCACUACAACAAUACUAGAGUGAUUUUCGAAACAUUUUCACACAACUGUUAAUACACAAGAAGUAUUCAAAACUUUAAAUGCAACACCCACUUUAUGGAGUGCAUGAAAUAUUGUACUUGAGGAAAGGUUACUCGCCCUGAAAGAUAUUUUUAUUUGCUGUGUGUGUGUGUGUGUGUGUGUGUGUGUGUGUGUGUGUGUGUGUAACCAAACUACAUGUUCCACCAGAUGACCUCUUAGUAUGCUCCUUUAGGGUCGUUACCCCUGUUGUCAGAGAAACAGUGGGCAACUAAGUGGUCUAGAAUCUCUAAGAUACAGAUGUUGUUAAUUCGUUAGUAGCGUAAAUGUUCCAUGUGACUGUAACUCCCAACACUCCACUCCACCCUUACUGCUUUCUCCAUGCCCUCCAUGACACUAAAGCAGUGUAUGUUCAGAUGCAGUCUCCGAAGAGUGGUAGUACUGUUCUUUACAGUAUUCUGCAGAGUAACAGAACAGAUUAGCUGUUGUGACUGAUUUUGAGAUUAAGUCCCUCUGUUUGAGGAGUAGCUAAUGCUUACUCUAGGUUAUACACAAAGUAUGACUGAAUGGUAGCUUUAGAGAUGGAUAGAAAAACCUGAGAGUAUGUAUAUCGGUUAUAAUAAAGAUUAUAAUUUUAAGACCCCGUACAGUAUAAAGCCCCUCUAUAUCAGAAAAGCUACCCACAAGUAAAUAUCCUUCUAUAACCUUUUGUAUUCCAAACCGCAAACUGAUUUGUAUUUUAUGCAAGAUGUCACCUUCAGAAAACAAUUGAAAGUGUUCGAUGAAUUGGCCUUUCACACUUGCCUACUGUAGUACUGUACUGUGUUUGAUGUCAGUUCAUUGUGGGAUAGAAAAACAGACCAUUCUUUUUGCAUGAGUAGCGAAAACAGAACUGUAAGUGGAAGUUAGUGUGAAAAGUGAAAUGCAUGUGUGUAUCUCUCAUUUUAUUUAAGUUUUUCUAUGAUAUGUUCAAUGUGUUUCUUAUCGUGACAUUCCCUUUUUUUGGCAUUUCUAAAGAAAAACAGUCAUUUUUUGUA